AGACUAUCACUUGCAAGAUACGAGUGCAUGUACGACCAACACAGUCAAGCCCUUUCCACCCGCCGUGCCCCUCUCGAGACAGGUUCAAGAAAGCGCUCCGGCUUAUUCGUGAUCUUUAAGAGAAUCGAUCUUCGCCUUGUGCCUAAGCACUCGACUAUUACCGACGCUCCACGUGACGGAACGUCAGUUACAGCAUCCAGGGAUGCUGUCGUCGCGGCGUAUACUUGGGUUGUAAAUGGCAGAGGCCAGUAAACGAUGGAAGGAAACUCAUGAGUGAUGGGGUUGUGAACCCCAGAUUGAUCAUGGCUUAUCAAUUCUGGACAUUAUCCGAUUCAUCCUUUAAUAUUCCGAGUUCGGAUCCUUGAUAGGUCUUCUAAUGGAUUUUUCGUAGCCAGUCCAAUGUGACCCUUUCCACAUGACUAGGAUUUCAGCAUCUUGAAUCGUAGAAAGCGGGAACAGGGCCAUCAACGGGCCAUCGUAAACUCGUUUUGCAAAUCGCUUUGGC